AAAAAACAAGUGUAUUAUCAUUAUUUUUCUCUCCCACUUACCUUUAGCUUUCCCCAUGUUUGAUGCUGCAAUCUCUCUCUCUCUCUCUCUCUCUCCAUCAUCCUCUUCCUUCAGCCAUCUUGUACUCUCUCUAUAAAACCAAACACAACUAGAAUACCAUAAACUGUUUACCUUUUUCUCCUCCAUCCAUGGCUGACCACCCUUACUCUAAUAAUCUUUUCUCUUCAUCAAGUUUCUUCCAUUUUCCAUCUUCAAAUCCUUCUUCUCCUUUUCAAUUUCAUCACCAUCACAACAACAACAACAACAACAACAACAGCACCUUUUUCCACUACCAUCAUAUUUCUUCUUCACCACCUUCUCCUCCUCUAAGAGAAGAACUUCCUCUCUUAAGCCUAAUAACAGCAAAACAAGAAGAAUAUGAAGAACUUUCUUCAUGCACUCCCAUGGAUUUAGAACAAAGGGUGAUUAAUCUUUCAAAAGAAGAAGAAGAGGAAGAAGAAGAAGAAGAAGAAAAUGAUAUAACUACAACUAGUAGUAGUAGUAAUAGUGUUACAGUUGCACUUCACAUAGGUUUACCAAACCCUAGUGCUGCUGAAAUGGCUUCUGUACUUUCCUCAAACUCCUCAUCAGAAAUCACAGAUAAACAACAACAUGGAGGAGAUGCUGAAGAUUCUUCUUCAGGUUUCAUGCUUAACAGAAUUAACAAAGGACAAUAUUGGAUCCCUACACCUUCUCAGAUUCUCAUUGGUCCUACUCAAUUUUCUUGCCCUGUUUGCUGCAAAACUUUCAACAGAUAUAACAACAUGCAGAUGCAUAUGUGGGGGCAUGGAUCACAAUACAGAAAAGGGCCUGAAUCUCUAAGAGGCACACAACCAACAGGAAUGCUAAGGCUACCUUGUUACUGUUGUGCACAAGGAUGCAGAAACAACAUUGAUCAUCCAAGAGCAAAGCCUCUUAAAGAUUUCAGAACACUUCAAACACAUUACAAGAGAAAACAUGGAAUUAAGCCUUUCAUGUGUAGAAAAUGCAGCAAAGCUUUUGCUGUUAGAGGAGAUUGGAGAACUCAUGAAAAGAAUUGUGGUAAGCUAUGGUAUUGUAUCUGUGGUUCUGAUUUCAAACAUAAAAGGUCUCUUAAAGAUCAUAUCAAAGCUUUUGGAAAUGGACAUGCUGCUUAUGGAUUUGAUGGAUUUGAAGAAGAAGAUGAACCAGCUUCUGAAGUGGAGCAAGAUAAUGAAUGAAUGAUUAAAUUUCAGUUGUGGUAACGCUGCAAAUGUUAUAUUGUGGGAUAAUAUGGACAAAUUCGGUCGAUGUGAUCUAAAUUACAACUGCAGUACAAUUGCAAUUGUGCAGAUAUUUUAAAAUCUGCAAUAUUUCGACCGUAAUUUAAAACCAUGGUGACAAGGGUUUGUAACUUUUUUUUAUAUAUGUUCAUUAUAAUUUUAAUUAUUUUGUGAAA